GCAGAGGCCCAGGUGCAUAUACUUGAGCCAUGGACAGCGGCAACGUCUUCAAGGGCCUCUUCUACGGCGGCUUCGCCUCGUGCGUCGCCGAGACGGUCACGAUGCCGAUCGACGUGUGCAAGACCCGGCUCCAGAUGGACGGUGCGGGCGGCGGCGUCAAGUUGUACAACGGCACGAUGGACUGCGCGGGGAAGCUCGUCAAGAGCGAAGGCGCGGGGGCGCUCUUCAAGGGCCUUCCGCCGGCGCUGCUCCGCCAGUCGACGUACGGCUCGCUGCGGUACGGCCUCUACGGCCCGAUCCGCAACUCGCUCGGCGUCAAGCCCGGGACACCAAAGCACGAGAUUCCGCUGAGCAAGAAGAUCUUGGCGGGCGCCGGCGCCGGCGCGCUCUCCUCUGCGGUCGCCAACCCGACGGACCUCGUCAAGGUGCGCCUGCAAACCGACGGACAGCUCAAGGGGCCGGACGGCGCCUACCUGCCCAAGAAGUACACCGGCAUGGGGCACGCCUUCUCCUCCAUCGUCAAGGAGGAGGGCGUGCUCGGGCUAUGGAAGGGGGUCGGGCCGACGUGCGGCCGCGCGACCGCCCUCGCCGCCGCCGAGCUCGCCACCUACGACGAGGUCAAGACACAGUUCCUGCACAAGGGUCUCUUCACCGAGGGGCUGCUCUGCACGUGCGCCACCGCCUUCGUCUCCGGCUUCGUCUCCACGGUCGCGAGCAGUCCCUUCGACGUGGUCAAGUCGCGCGUGAUGGGGCAGCCGCUCGACGCGGCGGGCAAGCCGACCCUCUACGACGGGAUGGUGGACUGCUUCCUCAAGAGCUCGGCCAAGGAGGGGCCCAUGUCCUUGUACAACGGCUUCUGGCCGAACUUCGGCCGCGUGGUGCCUCGCGUCACCAUCGUCUUCAUCGUGAUGGAGCAGCUCAAGAAGAACUUUGGCUAGCCGGCCCGCCGCCGUCCGCUCCUCGCCUCUCCGCCAGAAGCCCUCUCCUGCUCGCGCUCUUGCGGCUGGACCCUCGCUCACUCGCCUCUCUCCCUCUCUCUCUCCUUCUCUCCCCUCCCCCUCCCCCUCCACCUCUGUCUCCUCCUCCCUCUCCGCCCUCUCCGUCUCUCUACGGCGAGCGAUCCCUCACCCAGGCCCGCCGGCCCGCGAGGGCAGCAUGGCGUCAGGCACGACGCCGGCUCUGCCACUAGAUUUGAUUUGCAUUGAGUAUUGGCGGGACGGCCACUCGGGCUCCGGCGUCCCGCAGGGAUAUCCUCCGCUCUCGUUUCGCCGUCGUUGUUCCGUCUCGGCCGGAGGCGCAGAGAGCCCACUCGUCGUGCUGUGCGCGGGGAGCUCCGUGUGAUGUGCAUGUGUGUGCAUACUGCAUUGAGCGAGUUGUAUUCUGAGCUGUUUUCAAAGCCCAA